GGCUGAAUGGCGUCCUGGCGCGUCGCGUAGCAAUCGCCUUUCCCGCCCCUGCGAAGGGAGGGAAUGGGCCGCGAGGGGCCGUUCUUGCCGCCGCCGCCAGAGAAGAAGGCAGCGCCCUGGCGCGGAGAGCCGGCUUGGCCUUGGCAAGGAGGGAGAAGGAAGGCGGGCGGAGGGCGGCCAGGAGGAGGCUGAGGAGGAGGAGGCUCCUUCGCCAUGCGAGCCAGGCUGAAGGCAUCCUGGAGGAGCUGCGCCGGAGACUGAGGAGAAGGAGCGGCGCCUGGUCCAUGCAAGGAGCGAGGCGGAGGAGGAGGAGAGGGAGACGGAGACCAGGCGGCCUCGGGAGGGAGGAGGACGAGGAGGAUUAUUCUGCAAUGACUACAGCAAGAUAUCGACCUACCUGGGACUUGGUGCUUGACCCCCUGGUGUCAUGUAAGCUCUGCCUUGGGGAGUAUCCAGUGGAGCAGAUGACAACAAUAGCACAAUGCCAAUGCAUCUUCUGUACUCUGUGCCUGAAACAGUACGUGGAGCUUUUGAUUCAGGAAGGCCUAGAAACAGCAAUUAGUUGUCCAGAUGCUGCCUGCCCAAAGCGAGGUCAUCUACAAGAAAAUGAAAUUGAAUGUAUGGUUGCAUCAGAAAUCAUGCAGAGAUAUAAGAAGCUGCAGUUUGAAAGAGAAAUACUUCUGGAUCCUUGUCGGACUUGGUGUCCAUCCUCUUCCUGCCAAGCAGUUUGCCAGCUUCAGGAAUCAGGACCUCAGAAUCCACAGCUGGUGCAAUGCAAAGCUUGUGACAUAGAAUUCUGCUCAGCAUGCAAAUCCAAUUGGCAUCCGGGACAAGGCUGUCAGGAAAAUAUGCCAGUCAACUUCCUUCCAGGAGAGACAAGCUCUGUUUAUAAAAUGGAAGAAGAUGAUGCUCCAAUCAAGCGGUGCCCAAAAUGCAAAGUUUAUAUUGAACGGGAUGAAGGGUGUGCUCAGAUGAUGUGUAAAAACUGUAAACAUGCCUUUUGCUGGUACUGUUUGGAGUCGCUUGAUGACGACUUCCUCCUUAUACACUACGACAAAGGACCUUGUCGAAACAAGCUAGGUCACUCUAGGGCCUCGGUUAUUUGGCACAGAACACAGGUGGUGGGGAUCUUUGCAGGUUUUGGCCUGUUAUUGUUAGUGGCUUCACCCUUUCUUCUACUUGCGACGCCCUUCGUUCUUUGCUGCAAGUGCAAGUGUAAUAAAGGAGAUGAUGACCCACUCCCUACUUGAGAUGGAAUCAGGACAGGAUAUAGGACUCUGCUCUUCAUCACAGUACAUUUCAUGACCUCCCUGCUCUCCUUUUGCACAUAACAUUUUCAUAGCCUUACUCGCCCUAAACCUGACUUCAGACAAGACCCAAGGUGCCAUGAAUGCCAGGAAUUGCUUUUGCCACCACUUCUUACCUGGGAUUAAAGGGAAGAAGGCGCCCUGACUCAAAGCAAGCUGAAUGUCUGAAAAGUAUGUUGAUAGCACAAGGCUCCUUCCUUGUUCACUUAAAGGCUACAUCAAUCAGCUUGGAAUCAUCAUUUCGACACCAUCAGGACAGAAAUCUUCGCAUAUAUAUCUGCAACAAUUUAAGGUGUCUUACUACUAAAUAUAUAUGUUAUUCAAGAACGGCAUACCAAUUUAAAAAUUUGCCCAUUAAAGCACGACUUUAAAUAUUGGUUUAUUAAAAGCAAAGUUUCUGUUCAUAUUUGCUCUAAGAAAAUAUCAGAUGCAUCCUCCCCAUGUUGAACCUGCCUCUCUCACAUACAAAAUCACUGUAAAUUGGGUUAGAUGCAAGUAGGACAUUCUAUGUUUUUGACUAUUCAAAAAAUGAGAGAUGCCAUUUCUGUUUAAUAACAUUUUGGAAAAUGGUUUUAAGUUAUUUGUCUGGCUGGACAUCUUUUAUUUUUUUGUUUUUGUUUUGUGGGGACUUUGUUUUUCCAGAGAUUUGAGGUUGAAGUAUGUGAGCCACACCUGACCUGCCUAAAUUAACGGCUUGAAAAAACAUUCCUGGUUUCCCUCUUCUCAGCCUUGUUUUAUCUGUUUAUUAACUAUCUGCUACGUUAAUAGGGCUACCUCUAAUCAGGUAUCUUUUUUGUACAUAUAUAUAUAUAUACAUACACACACUCAUAAAUAUAUCAGGAUAGAAGUCUUUAAAACCAAAUGUACAAAUAGAUGUUAACCUGAAUAUUGUGAAGGUUGGAGAUGCAUGACUCAUCUGUUCUUAUGGCAGAGAAGUAAUUAUGGUUGUGAUAAUUUCUGAUGUGGACACUGCUCUGUGAAUGAGAAGAAACAGGCAUGGGGAUCACUUUCUCUCUCCCAUUUCCUCCUUGCUAAUAAAUAAAUAAACAGCGAUCCCUUGAUAAACAUAUUGACCAGUGCUCAAAAUAGGAGGACAUUAAUGCACGCUCUUCCCUCCUCAGUGCUCUGACUUGUCUUACUUAAGUUUCCAGUUGCUUGUAAGAGGAGUGGGAGGAAAUGACUGCAACAGAUGUGCAUGUAAAUUAAUCUCCUGUAAUGGCUAAUAUCCUCCAAAUACCAGGACUGGAAGGAGAAAUAGAAAAUGGAGUACUCUUAUGCCUGCUAAUUCCAGGAGGACUGCUAAUGUCCCAAGUUUCCAAAUUUGUUGAUAACAGCAAACAAUAACUUACUCCUACAAAGCAGCCUUCCCCAACCUGGCACCCUCAAGAUGUGCUAAGCUACAGCUCCCAACAUCCCAGACCAGCAUGUACCUAUCGGUUGGGGAUAGUGAGGGUUGUAGUCUCACCACAUCUGUAGGAUGCCAUGUGGGGAAGUCUGCCGUAAAGUAUGCAAAUUCAAGAGAAUGGUGAGGAUUUCCCCUGCCCUUUAUUUUGCUUCAAUGAAUAAAAAUUGCUUGCAAUGCUAAUGUGUAAAGUCUGCUAAAAAUCAAAAUAUUUACGUAGUCCAUUGUAAAAAAAAGAAUUAUAUUUUAUACUGUACGGUACUGUGACAACUGAGUUGUUUUAUCUGUUUCUCCAUCUUAUUUUUUUUCCUAAUAAUUUUGCUGCUUCAUAUUUUUGCUACAUUUCUUCCCCAAGGGAAUAUAAGGAUAAUAUCAGCGCACUCUGAAUAUUGGCUAUUACUCUUUGGUAUGAUUUUGAGAGAGAGCUGAAGCAGCUCUCUUAACACAUUUAGAUUUCCAAAUAAGAGAACAGUGUAUUUCAUGACCUCCUCGCUCAGAAAACGAAAUGCCACAAGAAUCCUGUUUCUACAAUCUCUCUCUUUACAUUGAGGUGGGCAAAGAGUCCUGAAGAUAUGGUUGGAAUACAAAGCCCAGCAUUCUCCCCAUUGGCCAUGCUUGCUAGGCUUGAUGGUAGUUGCAGUCCAGAAACAACUGGUGGGUCACCAUUUGCCCAGCAAUGUUUCAGAUACCUGUCCAACCCCAGUGAAACAAAUUGAGGUUAGCAAUUCAAAUUGCACUGAGACUUAAGCAUCAAUAUGUGUGGGCACAUACAUGCACAGAACCUCCUGAGGCAUUUUGCCUAUUCAGUUACAACAAAUAUCUAAACUUGGAGUCGUAUAGAAACAAGUGACAUUAGUGUAAUAUCAAUUUGCCAUUGGACUGUAUCCUUGGUUCAAUAUCUUGGAAGUGGUAUACUUCCUAACAUAACACAUGCUGAUUCCUUUCUUUAAAGAAAUUAAAUGGGGAAAAAUAUUUUUAUUGUGUGCCAUGCUUUGAAAUUCUGCAUAUCAGAUACAUGAUUCUGUAUCUAAAGUUUGGAGCCUUGCCUUGAAUCAGGUAGUUGUUAUUUGUUGCCAAUUAUCUGAUGGCUUGCAUAUUACAGCAUGACAGCAGAGAAUAACGUAAUAUGUACUUACUGAAAUUUUAAAUGUGAAGGAAUUCGAAAUAUGUGCUUGUAGUAAUUCAUAAAUGUUUUCAAAUGAUGCUGAUGUUCUUCUCUAGUUGUUUCCAUUUUUAGUUUAAUUUUUGCCUACUUUUGAAUUCAUUGCCUUAAACUCACUUUUAAUAGAAUCUGUUAUAAUUUGACUUUUCUGUUACACAGGAUUCAUAUCAACCCAUCUCUUGGCCUGAGUCAUUUUUUGCACAUAUACUCAACCGACCCUUGCUGUAGAUCCUGUUUUACUGAAAUUAAAGGAGAAUAUGCUUCAUUUAGCAGGUGCAAAAAUGAAGUGUGACCCUGUGAAGUUUGGUCAAAUUAUUUUGACCAUAUCUUUGUUUCUCCAGCUGUAAACCAAUAACACUUCAUAGAUGUUGUGAGCGACCAUUUUAAAGUUCUAGGAAGCCCUUAUGGCAGGUUGAUCUUGGGUUCUCCAGAUCCUUAAUCCAUGCUAACUGGGUCUUCUGGGAUUAAAAGUCCAAAACAUCCAGAAGGCCAAAGGUUCUAUAUCCCUGCCUUUGAAUAUUAUUCCUAUGUAUUGAAUCCCUUAAAUCCGUGUACCAGACAAAGCUGUUAUUUUCCUCCAACCCAAAUAUACCAGGUAUCCCAAUUUUCAAAGAACAUGCAUUUCAUGUAACCCUUUAGAUUACACACAAUGGACAGAACUGCCUAGGAUAAUGGUUAGCACAAUUAUCUUUCUACUUGGAAGCAGAACAUAGAAUGGGAUACAAGCCAAAAAGGGAAAGACAAGCACCUUUUGCAUGAGUUUAAACAUUUGGUAGAAGGAGAUUAGCUUUUUUAAAAGAGAUUCUGGCAAAAUUCCCCUCUGCUGAAUUUUUCCAUGGAUUUGGGUUUUUAAACAACUUGAUCUUAUUUCCAGACCAGCAUAAAUGGAUUGCUGAUCCUGCAUUCCUCCAUUUUUGAAAAACGAUUCCAGAACACAGUAUUACCCCCUCCUUGAUCUGAACAUACAAACUAGUCACAGGCCAUGUCAUGCGCUGAUCCUUUAAAUAUUUUGGAGAGCUUGUUUUAAUCAGUACGCCCAAUGAUAUGUAUUGUGACCUGCAGGAAAUAUGGGGCCCUCUAGAUGUUACUGGACUUCAUCUUCCACCAUCCUUCACUUUUAGUUAUGUGGCUGUGUAUGAUUGGGAGGUGUAUUUCCACAAUGUUUCAGAGAGCGCAGAUUUCCAUCUGUGUCACUCCUACAAUCAUGCAGACCCACAUUGCCAUUAAGUGACGGUGUCUCACUUCAGUUUAAAAUACCAUCCUGGUUCUCUUCUUUUAUUAUGUAACUGAUUCGUUUUCAACACAAUCCAGGAAUUUUAGGUAUAGGUAUGUGGCCUACAAUCAAACCUUGCUUCAUUCCUUUCCAUGGCUGCAUUUUUAUCAUUUUGUGGAGAAGCACCGGGGAGUCAUGCAUAUGUAUGAUAAAUUACGUAUUUGAGUAGUGUAAAAAUGUUUCUGUAUCUGAAAUGUAACUACAUUUUUGUGCCACUAACACUGUGAUGUAUAAAAGAGCUGUUGAAUGCCUUUGAAUGUUGUUUUGUACUUUGAAUCAUUUUGAAGAGUUUUAUUUGUAAUUUCAAUAGAUAUUUUAAAUGAA